CGUCCCUACCUAGUAUGCCCCCAGGGAUAGAAUUUAUACAGGCUACCUAUCACUGUCCCAAGUGGCAGAAGGAUGUAAACAGUUGCCAACCAGGCAUGCUCACGCAGAUAAUUCGACGAACCAUGGCUACAGAAGUCAAGCGAGUACCCAUUCCCCGACGGGGUGUAGAUUACCGUGGCAAGGUUGUCCUUGCGCCCAUGGUUCGCUCAGGAGAGCUUCCAUCAAGACUUUUGGCUCUCAAGUAUGGCGCGGAUCUUGUCUGGGGUCCUGAAACUGUGGAUUACUCUAUGAUUGGAACUUCUCGUCGAUUUGAUGAAGACUCAAGAACGAUAGAGUGGUAUCGUCUCUCAUCCCAUGGCCAGAAGGACCCUCCUCCGGAUGCCAAGGAGAGCAUUAUCUACAGAAUGCUGCCAGAGGUUGAAAAAGACAAGCUUAUCUUCCAAAUCGGUACAUCGGAUCCCGAUCGUGCAGUAGCAGCCGCUAGGCUGGUGGCCGCAGAUGUUGCCGGCAUCGAUGUCAACGCUGGUUGCCCAAAGCCCUUCAGCACUAGCGGAGGGAUGGGUGCCGCCCUUCUCAAGACUCCAGAUAAACUAUGCGCUAUUCUUGAAGCUCUCGUUAAGAAUAUUACCCCUGAAUUUGAGAUUGGAAUCAGCGUUAAGAUCCGACUCCUCGACACCGCAGCGGAAACAGAGGCACUCGUUCGCCGUCUUUGUGCGACAGGCAUUACAGGACUAACUAUCCAUUGCCGGACGACACCUAUGAGACCCAGAGAGCGGGCUAUUAGAGGGCAGCUACGUAUGAUUGCAGAAGUCUGCCAUGAGUAUGGUGUUGCCUGCUUGAUGAAUGGCGACGUUGAGAAUAGGGACCAAAGGUCUCCAGCUCGCCAAAGAGUUCGGUGCGGACGGUGCGAUGAUUGCAGUCGCGGCUGAAAAGAACCCAAGCUGCUUCAGGAGUGUAGCAGAUGGCGGGCUGGCAUCCUGGGAAGAAGUUGUCGAUCAUUAUGUGAAGACUGCGAUCGAUGUUGACAACCGGUUCGGCAACACCAAGUUCCUGCUCUCAAACAUGGUCCCUGGAAAGUCAAAAUCUUACCAACCAAUGAACCAGUCCAAGAAUUAUAAGAGCCUCUGCGAGGCGCUGUCCCUUGGAAAACACCUCGAAUCCGCUCGCAUUAUAGAUAGCAAGCGAGGGCUGGAUCAGCCUCUGCAGGGGAAAGCUGCCGAGAAGGCCGCAAAGAAGGCUGCAAAGAGGGCCAAUGCACAGGCUGAUUCACUGCCAGGGAAGUCAGAAAGAGAAAACGAACAGAAGCGUAAGCGGAGAAUGUCUGAUAACAGACCCUUGAAGCAGGUGAAGACAUCUGAACCCGCACCAGUUGCAACGGCUGUUUAGGAAAAGGGUCAGUUGGACGGUACAAAGGUUAGGGAAUGAUAAGGGGCGUACGGUUGAGUUAGAAACUUUGGGUUCGCAUUACUUGGAGUUAAGGACACAGGCUCAGAGGACCAUAGCGUGGGAGCAGAACACAUAGAAAGCUACCGCAUCAUUAGAUCAUAAAGGAAUAGUAGAGAAACGGUGGCAAGGAAUAUUUUCUUUUUCAUGAAUAAAAAAGGAAAGGAAGCCCAGCCUAUUCAAAAUACAUACAGAUAUUUGUAGCUGGCGCUAAGGACCGGCCAAUGAUACAAAUGAACAGUUUUUGGGAACUCUAUUUAAUAGUACAUCUCAUUUCAUCUCGCUUUUCGAAAUCCUUUAUUUGCCCUUCUGGACCCAGC